GCCCAUAUCAAUAGGUCCUCUCGGGGGCUGGAGCAAGGCAGCGAGCGCCGGGACUCUGGGAAGAGUGAAAGCUCUUUUCCUUGGGAUUGGCGCUGUUUUGUUUGUUUGUUUGUGUGUUUGUGUGCAGUGCGCCGGGUGCGUGCGCGGAACGCCGGGGCCGCGGGAGCCGUUUCCAGCCGAGCCGGCCCGGGCACGGCAGCGGCGGCGCGGCCCGAGGGGCGGCCGGCGUGGCCCAAGGGGCGGCAUGGCGAAAGUGCUGGCGGCCCUCAGGAACCACUGGAAGAAAUCCACGUUCGGGGCCUGCCUGCUGGGCUGGGGUGGGCACUGGCUGUAUGGGAAGCACUGUGAUAACCUGUUACGAAGAGCUGCAUGCCAAGAAGCCCAGGCUUUUGGCAACCAGCUGAUCCCUGCCACUGUGCCAUUGAAGAAAGCAACAGUGUUCCUCAACCCAGCAGCUUGCAAAGGCAAAGCUGGGAACCUUUUUGAAAAGAACGCUGCACCAAUUUUGCACUUGUCUGGCUUGGAUGUAACUGUGGUUAAGACUGAUUAUGAGGGACAAGCAAAAAAGCUUCUGGAAUUAAUGGAAAACACGGAUCUGAUCAUUAUUGCAGGAGGAGAUGGCACAGUCCAAGAGGUCAUAACUGGACUUCUCCGUAGAGCAGAUGAGGCUGCCUUCAGUAAGAUUCCUAUAGGAUUCAUACCCCUUGGAAAAACUUGCACUUUGAGCCACACACUGUACCCUGAGAGCACGAAUCAAGUCCAGCAUAUUACUAAUGCUACGUUGGCCAUUUUGAAAGGAGAGACAGUUCCACUUGAUGUCUUGCAGAUCAAGGGAGAAAAGGAACAGCCUGUGUUUGCAGUCUCUGGUUUAAGAUGGGGAUCUUACAGAGAUGCAGGAGUUAAAGUUAGCAAGUACUGGUACCUUGGGCCUCUGAAAACCAAAGCAGCUCACUUUUUCAGCACAUUUAAGGAGUGGCCUCAGAAACAUCAAGCUGCUCUCAUGUACCUGGGUCCAACUGAGAGACCUCCAGAAGAGCCAGAUGAGAAACCAUCCAGACCUCCUUUGUAUGUGAGGCUUUACAGACGGCUUCGAUCGUACUGGUCAUCUCCCAAAGAAUUCCCCCAGGAGGUAGCUCCAGAGGACUGGGAAGAACUGAAGCUAUCCACUAUUGAGCUUUCCAUUGCAACUCGGAACAGGCAGCUUGAUCUAACACGCACUGAGGACUUCAUGGACAUUUGCAUUGAAGCAGAGAGUAUCAGCAAAGGGGAGUUUGUUCACAGAGGAAGUCAAAAGAUGCGUGAUCCACAUAUGUGCCCUGAGGGGAGUCAGUGCAUCCAAGCCAGCAGAUGCAUCUUGCAACUUCCAGAGGGCGCUGAGGGAUCCUUUGGCAUUGAUAAUGAGGAGUAUGAAGCUAUGCCUGUGGAGGUGAAGCUCUUACCCCGGAAACUCCGCUUCUUCUGUGAUCCCAGAAUGAGGGAGCAGAUGCUGCAGGCAGCAGUACAAUGAGAAUUCAUGGCAGAGGGGCCAGUGUUAAACAGUCUUACCAGGGUCUCUUCAAGGCACAUGAGACCUAACUAACUUGAUUAACCCCACUAGACUAAUAAGCCUUUUGGCUAUUUUUAUGUGUGAGGUACUUCCAUUGGAAGUGUAUGAUUUGACUGGUCUCAAAGGGGUUAAAAAUGCAAAUGAAAAUUCUGAAAAGUGCAUGUUAACUUGAUGGCAUCUUUUUCUUCCCCUCCCCUAAGAAGUCAUCAUUGUUCCAUUUACAGCACUGCAGGCUGAGUGCUGUGUGCCAGAUGCUACUGCUGUAAUGCAAUUGUACAUUAAAGUAAAAUGAAAGUAUA